AUGGUCAAGGAGGUCCGCGGUCACCUUGGAAAGGACUCUCGGAAGAUUCUCCCUGGUCCGGCCGAACUCUGGAAGAACCUAAACAUGGUCUCACAUCCUGUUACUGAGUUCGUCGAGAAGAUGGUUGAAGCAUUCGCGCCUCUUUGGAGACCUCUCCCUCUCUACCUGCAGCUCGACCUUACCCCGGAGACCUUUCCUACCUCUUGGCUAGAGGUCCAUAUCCUAGCCCAACAGGCCAUGCAAUUUUGCAUUUUUGAUUUCCUGGGACAGUUGGCGGAGGCUCUUCAGGAGUAG